AACUAUGAUCUUCUGAAGCUCCUCAAGUUUGUCUUAUGAUAUUUAACCAUGAGGAAUGUCACUGAAGUUGACUCAUUUGUACUUCAGGGCUUCACAGAUAAUAAAGAACUGAAAAUAAUGCUCUUUGUCCUAUUUCUAAUAGUUUACAUUUUUACUGUCACAGGAAAUUUGGGACUGAUUGUACUCGUCAUCACAGACUCCAGGCUCCACAAUCCCAUGUACUAUUUUCUGAGUGUGUUGUCUUCUGUGGAUGCCUCCUAUUCCACAGAUGUUAUCCCAAAUAUGUUAGCAAAUUUUAUAUCAAAAAGCAAAAUAAUUUCAUUCAAUGGAUGUGCAACACAGUCAUUUCUUGCUGUUGCUUUUGGAACCACAGAAAGCUUUCUCUUGGCUGCAAUGGCUUAUGAUCGCUAUGUGGCCAUCUACAACCCACUUCUCUAUUCAGUGAGCAUGUCACCCAGGGUCUAUGUGCCACUCAUCAUUGCUUCCUGUGUUGGAGGAAUUCUACAUGCCAUUUUACACACUGUGGCCACUUUUAGCCUGUCCUUCUGUGGGUCCAAUAUAAUUAGGCAUAUAUUCUGUGAUAUUCCUCCUCUACUGGCCAUUUCUUGUUCUGACACUCACAUAAAUGAACUUCUGCUCUUCCUCUUUGUGAGCUCCAUUGAGAUAGUCACCAUCUUGAUUGUCCUGAUCUCCUAUGGCUUCAUCCUGUUGGCCAUUCUGAAGAUGCAUUCUGCUGAAGGGAGGAGGAAAGUGUUCUCUACCUGUGGCUCCCACCUGACUGGAGUGUCCAUUUAUCAUGGGACCAUCCUCUUCAUGUACAUGAGACCAAGUUCCAGCUAUGCUUUGGAGCAUGACAUGAUUGUGUCGAUAUUUUAUAGCACUGUUAUCCCUAUGCUGAAUCCCAUCAUCUACAGCUUGAGAAACAAAGAUGUAAUAGAGGCAAUGAAAAAACUUUUUAAAAAAUUGAUGUAA